UCAUCAUCCAACUCGUCAUCACUAUCUUCCUAGUAGUAACUUCUUGAUUAUCUCCACUUUUUAAUCCUCAAAUUUAAUUGGGAGGAUUUUGCAUGCAAAAAUUUUGAAGGGGACAAGUGUUAAAGCCCAUUGAAACAAACCAGUAAAUUCUCAACAAACAACAUUUGAAAAUGGUCAGUACUGCAUGCAUGGAAAUUGGCAGCUGUGAAAAUGACUAUUAGAGGAGAAGAAGGAACGAGGCAAAAUCAAAAGAAAAGAAAAGAAAAAAAAUUAAAUAGGCCCCAAUUACACCAUGGCUGUCACUGCCACUACCACAAACCAUUUCCUCACAUGUCACUACCAAAAGAAAAUGCCUGCAGAAAUGCAGAUUAAGCCCCCACAUAAUUUAAGAGAUUAAUGUGUUUCUUUUCUUCUCCUUUAUUUUUAAUUCUUUUGGGUUUGUUGCAAAAGUAGCUUUCAGGAUUAGUUUUUCAUAUGUAAUUUGCUUUUUUUGGGGAGCAUGGUUAAGGGAAGUCAUCUAGAUUUAAGACAGAUUCUUGGACCAUUUUUCUUUUGUCCAAAGCAAUUUAACAGUGACUCGACUUCAAUGAAUGAAUGCUGCCUCAAUUAUUUUUUUGCCCCCAACAAUUGAUGUGUCAGAGAUUCCUAGUCUCUGAUUCUUCAUUUUCACCUGAAUAUUCCUACUGUAUGUCUUCUAGUGCUUGGUUUUUUGGUUGUUUCAGGCAAAUUAAACUGUCUUGGACAGUAUUACUGCUACUGAAAUUCCCUCUGUUUUUGGUUCAAGGAACUUUUUAGUUAGCUUUCUCCAUUUGGGCUGGUGUCAAAUCUUCUGCUUUUACAGCCAAUCUAAUUGGAGCUAAGAAAUUAUUGAUUUAGUUACCUAAUGGGAAAGAAAAGGAGUUGGCUUUCUUUUGUGAAAAGGCUCUUCAUUCCACAGACUAAACCAAAGAUAGAACAGGUAAGAUUUGAUUUUCAUGUUUUCUUAUGAUCUGUGUGAUUUAAUUAUGAAAUCAAUGUAAUGUUCUUGAUUUUUUUUUUUCCCCCAGAAAUCCAAGAAAUGGGGAUGGGUUUUUAGGAGGCUCAAGUUUAAGCAGUACCCUGAAAUUGGUGCCCCUCCACAGAAGACACUGAGUGAGGCAACUGAAGAACAGAGGAAGCAUGUUCUGGCUGUUGCCAUAGCAACCGCAGCCGCCGCGGAGGCCGCCGUCGCCGCCGCCAAUGCGGCGGCUGAGGUUGUCAAGCUUACCCAUCUCCCUCAAGAAAUUCUAAGGAGAAGAAGAAGAAACUUGGCUGCCACCAAAAUUCAGAGUGCUUAUCGCAGACAUCUGGCCAUGAAAGCAUUAAGUGCUUUAAAGGGGCUGGUGAAACUACAAGCAGUGAUCCGAGGUGAACUAGUAAGAAGAAAGGUGCUGCUUAAAAUGAAGUUCAAGCCAAUAUUGUUUGCUAAGGCAGAGCCUCAAAUGUGUCGAAUUCGGUUGCCAGUUAUUGAAAAAGAUCUUACAAAGGACGAAUGGAGGCUAAAACUUAGCGCGGAGAAUCUAAUGGAAUCUGAAGAAGUAAGACUUAUUGGCAACCAAAACAUGAGGUGGGAUUUCAGCUUGUCAUCAAAGGAGGAUAUGGAAGCCAUGUGGUUUAGAAAGCAAGAAGCCAUUAUCAAGAGGGAGCGUAUGAAGAAAUACUCGUAUUCGCAUCGGGAGAGAAGAAAUGAUCAAACACUUGAGGAAUGGAUGGUAAAGGAAAGUGGAAGAAAGAGCUGUCAGAUUAGUAGAUGGAAACAGGUAGAAAACCUAGAAAGAAUUGAAAAGGAAAGAUCGAAAUCAUCCGCCAUACAUCCAAACGAAUUCGCAGGCGAAACGGAUAAAAUUAGACAGCUGAAGCUGAUUAGUAACACAAGCAAACAGGACUUGACAGAAGCCCUGAACUCACCUUCCCUAAUGCCUAAGAGAUCAUCUUGUCAUGCGAAACAGAACUCAAAUGUUGAAUGUGAGGUCUCAGAAAAAAGAGAAAAGGAAAGAUCCAAAUCAGUUUUAGGUUCAAGUGCUUUUGCAGUGGAUGCAGAGAAGACCAUGAGACAGCUGAAACUGAUCAGCCAUGCUUACAAACAGGAUUCAAAGGAGUCACUGAAUUCACCCUUUUCGUUCUCAAGGAGAUCUUCUCUCGACCCGAAACAGAAAUUCAUCAGCGAAGAUUUCUCCCAGCCUAAUUCUCCUAGUUUCCCAACCUAUAUGACUGCCACCGAAUCUGCGAAAGCUAAGAUAAGGUCGAUAAGCACCCCAAAGCAAAGAUUAUUACUAUCCGAGUCAUUCUCAGGCCAUCAUUCUCCUCACAGCAUCAGGAUCUCCCCAAGGAAUUCUUCUGAUGGAGAAGGGUCCAACAGUAGCAGAAAGAUUGGCAUUUCUCAGCCACUUCACUGCAGCUCCAAAGGAUCUUAUUGGGAUUAACAUUCGUGACCAUGAUGACAUUGAAGAACACAAUGCUGCUUUAUCUGUAUCUGAAUUGAACUAUUCAGCUGCGUAAAUAAUUCAUAAUUUUUUUUUUUGAGCAUAUUUCUUUGAUUCCUACUUUUCUUUGGCUUUGGAUGAACUGGAGAGGGUUUCAAUAUUCUAG